GUGGCCAUACAUUUAUAUUUUGAUGUUCAUUCCAUAGGUUUGUUUUGGUUUGUUUAUUCACAAAGAUUUAAAACUUUUAAUACGAUGGCAGAUUCAAACACCCCUAUAUCAUGUCCCGUAUGCUGUCGAGAAUUCAAGAGAGACAUUAUCGAGGAACAUGUGAAUAAAUGUAUAUUUCUUAACACUCCAGAAGAUAGUGUCUCAAAAAGAGUCAAUACUUCAAGCGUUACUACAUCUCCUAAACGUAGAAAAUUGAAUUCUACUUCAAACGGUCCAAUAAAACGAGAAAGUGAAUCAUAUGAAGCAGAAAAAUCAAGCAAACAUACAGCUGUAUUGAAUAAAAAAAAUGAGAAAAUUCCUUUAGCUGAACACAUGAGACCAGUUGAGUUAGCUGAUCUUGUUGGACAUAUGGAUUCCUUUGGGCCAGGAACAAUGUUGCGGGCAAUGUUGGAACAGGAUAAAAUACCUAAUAUGAUUUUAUGGGGACCUCCUGGCUGUGGAAAGACAUCUUUAGCCAAUGUCAUUGCAAACAUUUGUAAAAAAAGCAAAACUAUGAGAUUUGUAAAGAUGUCUGCCACCAUGGCAGGUAUUAAUGAUGUGAAGGAAAUUGUAAAAAUUGCAAAAAAUGAGGCACAAUUCAAAAAGCAAACAGUCCUUUUCAUGGAUGAAAUUCACAGAUUUAACAAGCUGCAGCAAGAUACAUUUUUACCACAUGUGGAAAAUGGUACAAUAACACUCAUUGGAGCAACUACUGAGAAUCCUUCCUUUAGUUUAAAUAAUGCCUUACUCAGUCGGUGUCGAGUUAUUACAAUGCAAAAGUUAUCAAUUGAUGAUGUUUUGGAAAUAUUGCAACGAGCUGUGAAAAACAAUGAUGAUAUAGUUAUUACAGAUUCUGAAGAGUCUAUUGAAGAUAUGUGCAAGGAUCAUAUUCCAAGAAUCAUCGUGGCCAAGGAAUCAUUAAUAUGGUUGGCGGAAAUUUGCGAUGGAGACGCUAGAAUUGCUCUAGGAGCUCUUGAACUUUCAAUUAUGUCUCGCGAUUCAGAUAACGACGUAUGUAAGGACGGCCCGGCAAUCCUCUCGCUUGAUGACAUUAAAAAUGGUAUCAAGAGAACCCACAUGUUGUAUGACAAAAAAGGAGACGAACACUAUAAUAUUAUAUCGGCGAUUCAUAAGUCUAUUAGAGCAAGUGACGAUAAUGCUGCUCUCUAUUGGACUACGAGGGCUUUGCAUGGAGGUGAAGAUCCAUUGUUUAUAGCAAGGCGACUUAUACGUGCCGCCUGUGAAGACAUUGGUUUAGCAGAUUCAAGUGCUCUUGUAGAGGCCGUGGCGUGUUUGCAAGGUUGCCAGCACAUAGGAAUGCCAGAAUGCAAUGUGUUAUUGGUGCAGUGCGCUGUUCGACUUGCUAGAGCUCCCAAGAGCCAAGAAGUUUACAGAGCUAUGAAAAGAUGUCAACAACAUUUAGAAGGAAUGAAAGGGCCCCUUCCCUCGGUUCCGCUUCAUUUAAUAAAUGCACCUACAAAAUUAAUGAAACAGUUAGGUUUCGGGAAUGGUUACAAUAUGUUGCAUAAAGAUGAUUCGGGUCUCACCUAUAUGCCUGAAGGUAUGGAGAAUUACGAUUUCUUCAACGCAUCUGGAGAUUAAAAUAUGAAAACUGUAAUAAAUAAUUACUAAUAAAACCACAGGACUUCUAG